AUGACUUGGUGGGAUGUUACUCCCCACCUCGUCAAGUGUCGCGACCUUGAUGCCAAGUGUAGCGAGCUGGAGGAGAAGCAGCACGCACUCUACGAGCCCUACAAGAAUAAAUCCGAGAACGUGCGCUCGAAGCUGUGGAAUGAGCACGGGGUUUUGUCUGGUGUUGAACACGUCUCGAUCGACGCCAGCAGUGACAUGAAUGCUUGGAGCAGAAUGUCCAAGGUCAAAGAGGCCCUUGCUCAAAUGGACGGGUCUGAGAAUCGCCUGAAUUUGAUUGAAGGCGAGCUGGACGAGUUUCCGUUUGCUGACUUUCGAGCCGAGAUGCUCGGUAAGUUGCAAGAAAUGGAAACCAAACACGCGCGACAGAUGGAGGAACAACAAGCCGUCAACAAGCGACAAGAGGAACAGAUCGAGCAAAUGCAAACCAAACACGCACAACAGAUGGAGGAGGUGCAGGCGGAGCUUCAAACGAUCCGGCAAACGCUGAAGUAUCCCAUCUUGAAGCGCCAAAUCAUCAUCAAGCUCGCCACAAUCGUGCGCGAGCGCUUUUGGCCGAGUGACUCUUGUUCAUGGCCGUGUGACGAUGACAUCCACCGGCUUCGUCUGCUGUUCAAGUACAUGGACUGGGCCACCGCACAGGUGGCGCAAGACGAUGGCUUCCGAGGUCGCGUUCCGCAGAAGGGGUGUCCAGCAGACACAGAAGAUUUCCACACCUUGUUUUACAAGUGGAAGCCGGGCCUUCAGGAGUGGGCAGUCCAAGCGUAUGCUGACGUGCUCCCACGACUGGGUAAUUUGGACGACUUUUUCAAUGCAUUGAAUAGUGUGCGCAGCGAUGGUAACAGGGCGGCGCAUCCGACGGUGCACGAGGAGCACGCGCUUAAGGAGCUGCCGAGCCUGAUCGAGUCGAUGGAGCAUUGUGCGUGGCGACGGCCUCUCACGUACAAUGCCGACGACCCCAGCGCCGUGGAGGGCGUCUGGUCGAUGGCCGGCGUCUGGUCGGGCAUCUCUCUUGUUGGAGCCCUGCUGGCAGGCGUCUCGUUUCUGACCCUGCAAAAGGCGAGUGUUUCCUUGGGGUUGGCACCAUCUGGCACUGGAAGCGCCAUCUCGCUGGAGUUUUCGCGCAUCUUGGCGGCCACCUUUCUGGCGACAGUGUACCAGAUGAAUAUUUCCCUCAUCCCACUGACCAUGGCCAUCUACCUUGCCAUUCUGCUCUAUCUGUUGGCCUUGCCCUUCUCCAUUGAGCGCCUGUAUGGCAUUGAGAUUGAGAUUCUGUUUCAAGUGUUGGCGUGGGGAGCAUCUGGGUGCUUUGUGCUAUAUUUCGCGGCCACCUUGUUCUUUCGCGGGUACUGCGUCAGGUGUUGCUAUGACCCUGAGACAGUGGCCAAGGAGGCGGCUUUGGCGAGCCAUGGGGGUGUCGCGUAG